AUGUUACGCCUCGCCACUGCUGCCUCUAUCUUCGCUCUUGUGGCCGCAGCUCCCGAUCCAAACCCAAACAAAGAGACGAACUUUUCCACAGUUCAUUUUGACAACUGGACAAAAUCAAUCAAAUUGAAUCCGAGAGUACAGCAUAUCCCGCUGAAUCCAGAAAAGAGUCGACUGCGACCUCCUCCGGCGCAUGUUCCCGAAAACUUUUCCAUGUUUGUCGGAUCUUCCGUCUUUCGAGAUGGUUAUCGCUGCGGCAAAACUCUAUUUACAGCGUUUCAACGUGCGACACACCCUGAACGUCUUCAGUUUGGGAUUCUCGAGCAAAUCUACGAGGGUGAUCCCACUUGCCUAAACGAAUACUGCAAGAUGGCAGCACUUGAAUGGCCAAAUGAUCCAGAGUGUCGAUAUGAGAAUCAGAUCACCAUUGACACCCGUGAUGCUGCUGAGUCUGCUGGGUGUACAACGGCGCGGCACCUACAGCAAAAGCUGGUAGGAAACCAAGAGUUUUGCUUGCAAGUCGACGGCCACAGCAUUUUCACGAACCGAUGGGAUGAAAAUAUUCUGGCCGAUUGGGUCUCAAUUAACAAUGAGAUGGCCAUUUUGACCAUGUAUCCACACAAUACGCACAAUAACAUGGUCAAGGAGAAUGGAGACAAUAAUGGAAUUAACUCAGUCCCCCACUUGUGCAAUAUCAUCAAAGGGGGCAAUGGACUUCCCCGUAUUAAGGCGGCAAGUUUGAUUCGCGACUCAUGGAUGCCACAGAUGGCUGCACUGUGGGGCGGUGGAUACUCAUUUAGUAAGUGCCAUGCCGAGCGAAAUGUUUUGAUCGAUUCACAUACGCCUUGGCUUUGGGAUGGCGAGGAAUUCAUGCGUUCAGCCAACUACUGGACGUCCGGGUACGAUCUAUACUCGCCAAGUAUGCUGGGCAACGUCCUUUACCACAACUACUCCCAAAAGCCCGCGAGCUUCUGGGUGUCCCCAAUAGAUCCUUCGAAAAAAAAUCUUGACACGGAAAUGAGUCGCAAUCGUGUUCGUCUUCGCAUCGGAAUGCCGUUCAAAGGCGUUGUUGAUACAUUUGAGCUCAAAAAGUACGAAUUUGGUCAAGUGCGCUCCUUUGAAAGCUUUCUUAAGUUUGCCAACGUCUCCUUUGACGGUUGGAUGAAUGACUCAAAUUCGUGCGGGCAAUUGCACUGGGUACCAUACGAGAAUGCAACCACUGUAGAAGACACGGUUGGUCGCGGUUGGAAAUUGAACGAUGAAAGGGUUGGAUUGAACGAAAAAGAUACUUUUGAAGCCGUUCGUCUUGGUCAAGAUACGAAUUUGCAACACACAUUAGCUUCGUCAGAUGAGGCCGCAGCCAACCAGGCCAUAUUAGCUCACAAAAUGCGUACCAACCUUGGUUUGAAAACUGCUGUAGCUCAUGGGACAGGUGAUGCUUACAAUGGUGAUCUGGCUGCGAAGUUGCGACAGGAAAUAGCGAGUCCGUUCAAAUUAAGCUCGGGAGCUGAAAUGUCAACGGGCAUUGUGGUUGCCCUUGUGCUUGCAUUUGUCUUUGUGACGCUGUCGAAUGAUGCAAAAUCACGCGUGAUUCGCAACCAAGUCUGGGUAAAACUAAAAAGCAAAUCAAGUCAUACGACUGAUUGA